CUCGUGCGAUACGCAGCUAGUUUUUGAGAAUUAACAAAAAUUCUCAGUGCAAACAAAAUUUGAAAAAAAAGUGAUAAAACGCGACAUUUCUUUGAAGCUGUAGAAUUCAGAAAUGUCCAGCAAGAAGCGCAUAGAUUUAAAACCCGCGUCCUUCGAAGACUUGGCCAAUCAGGUGUUCGAAAAGUCGAAACAGAUGAGUAUGUCAAUGAAGGAGCAGUGCAAGUUGGUCCAGGAGUAUUUGAAAGCUAGGCUCGAUGGGAGUGAUGGAAGCGAUGCAGAAUAUAAUAGUGAUUCCUAUUCAGAUUUUGAAUCCGAGUCGGAUUCCGAUUCCGAUUCCGAUUUCGAGGAGGAUUCCCUUACUGAUUCCGAUGAGCAAACAGAGGAGAGCAGUGAUGAGUCCGAAUCGGAACACAGUGAAGUCGAGGAGCGUACCAAACCAUCAGAUACUCACAAGACUACCAACGGAGGUCUCUGCGAAAAACCAAUCUCCAAGGUCGAGCCUGAACAAUCUCGGCUCGUGGCCUUUGUGGCUCCUCUCAAGUCCCCUGCCCCCCGCAUCCACCGUCGACUGACUAUGGCUGGUGGCGUUAUAGCUCCUCAUAGUCGCAGUAGUGCCUUCUAAAUCAAGGAAUCAUUGUGUAGAAUCAUUGGUCAAGCUAGGAGCUCGAGGUUUCUCCAAUCGAUUUUAUUGUUUACACAUAGUUUGUAUUUAAAUCAUUUUGUAGUACUUUGUAAUUAAAAAUCAUAUCGCGACUCAUUUUGAAAUAAACGUACCACGUUCAGUAGCUACCGU